AUGGAUUCCUACUGCUUUCGGUUUUUUGCACAUUGCUCAUUUUUCUCUUUUUACGGUAUACAUUGCACGUUCAGCACAUGGUAUCACAACGAAGCGCAAGAUGGAGUGAUUACCUACUGGGGCUCAACACUGUGCGCACUCUCCUUCGCUUAUACCUUCGAUUAUUUAAUUCAUUUAUAUUUUUUAUUUGCGCAAAUGGUAUUAGUCUAA